AUGGCUGCAGAUGACAAACGGUCUCCGACACUGGACUCUACCAGUGAUCUACCUCAUUCUCCUAGUAGUCCUUCUCAUCUCACUCACUUCAAACCCCUGACUCCUGACCAGGAUGAGCCUCCUUUUAAAUCAGCCUACAGCUCUUUUGUAAAUCUCUUCCGUUUUAGCAAAGAGAGGCCAGAGGCAGGACAGAGUGAUCCACAAGCAUUGAGUGGUGGCUGGUCCAGUCCUCAGCAUCCCACCAGGGCUCAGUCUCUGAGGUCACCAUCUCCUUACAAAAAACAACUGACUGGUGAGCUGCAACGAAGAUCAUCUGCAACCCUGGACAAUCGAAGGAAAGUAGAACCACCUCUUGGAGGUCAUGAUCAGUUAAGAAGCCUCAGCACUGUUUUAAAGCGCCUCAAAGAAAUCAUGGAGGGGAAGAGCCAGGACAGUGACUUGAAGCAGUACUGGAUGCCUGACAGCCAGUGCAAAGAAUGCUAUGACUGCAGUGAGAAAUUCACCACCUUCCGGCGGCGGCACCACUGUCGACUUUGUGGGCAGAUCUUCUGUAGUCGAUGCUGCAAUCAGGAAAUCCCUGGAAAAUUCAUGGGCUACACAGGGGAUCUCCGAGCCUGCACUUACUGCCGCAAAAUAGCCUUAAGCUAUGCACACUCCACCGACAGUAACUCCAUCGGAGAAGACUUAAAUGCUCUGUCAGAUUCUGCGUGUUCUGUAUCAGUGCUGGAUCCUGGCGAGCCACGCACUCCAGUUGGGAGCCGUAAAGCUAGCCGCAACAUCUUUCUGGAGGAGGAUCUAACCUGGCAAAGUUUGAUUCACCCAGACUCUUCAACUACCACAUUGUCUGCACGCCUUGGGUCUGUCCAGGAGGAUGCAGGGAAGUCACCAGCUAGGAACAGAUCAGCCAGCAUCACUAACCUGUCCCUGGAUCGUUCGGGUUCACCAAUGGUGCCUGCCUACGAGACAUCUGUCAGCCCCCAGGCCAGUCGCACACAUAUGAAGGCAGAGACCAGUGAGGAUGAGCGCAAAAUCCUUCUGGACUCAGUCCAGCUGAAAGACCUGUGGAAGAAAAUCUGCCAUCACAACAGUGGGAUGGAGUUUCAAGACCAUCGCUACUGGCUGCGGACACAUCCCAACUGCAUUGUGGGAAAAGAGCUGGUCAACUGGCUCAUCAGAAAUGGGCACAUAACCACAAGGGUCCAAGCUAUUGCAAUAGGACAGGCAUUGGUUGAUGGACGCUGGCUAGAAUGUGUCAGUCAUCAUGAUCAGCUCUUCAGAGAUGAGUAUGCUCUCUACAGACCAUUACAGAGCACAGAGUUCUCAGAAACCCCAUCUCCAGAUAGUGACUCUGUGAACUCAGUAGAGGGACACUCUGAGCCAUCCUGGUUCAAAGACAUCAAGUUUGAUGACAGUGACACAGAGCAGAUUGCUGAUGAAGGAGAAGAUAACUCAGCCAACUCUGCCAGCCCUAGCAAGCGCACUUCAGUCAGCAGCUUCCAGUCCACAGUGGACAGUGAUUCAGCCGCCUCCAUCAGCCUGAACGUGGAGAUGGACAACGUGAACUUCCAUAUCAAGAAGCACUCCAAGUACCCACAUGUGCCCCCUCACCCUGCCGACCAAAAAGAGUACUUGAAUCCUGAAAACGGAGGGCAGCAGAUGUUCUCUAUAAGUGAUGCUUUUAUUAAAGAGUCGUUAUUCAACAGGAGGGUGGAGGAGAAGUCCAAAGAACUCUUUUUCACGCCCCUAGGCUGGCACCACAGCAAUCUGGAUCUGCUGAGAGAAGAGAAUGGGGAGAAGCAGGCCAUGGAAAGGCUCCUGUCUGCUAAUCACAACCACAUGAUGGCACUGCUUCAGCAGCUUCUGUACAAUGAGUCUCUGUCCCUGUCCUGGAGGGAUAUCAUUGUACCUGUGGUCUGCCAGGUAGUUCAAACUGUACGGCCUGAUGUCAAGAACAGAGAUGAUGACAUGGAUAUCCGCCAGUUUGUCCACAUAAAAAAAAUCCCCGGAGGAAAGAAAUUUGACUCCAUGGUGGUGAAUGGAUUUGUUUGCACUAAGAAUGUCGCACACAAAAAGAUGAACUCUUGCUUAAAAAAUCCCAAAAUUCUUCUGCUGAAGUGCUCAAUUGAGUACCUCUAUCGAGAAGAAACGAAGUUUACUUGCAUAGACCCUAUAGUACUUCAGGAAAGGGAGUUCUUGAAGAACUAUGUACAGCGGAUAGUUGAUGUCAGGCCUAACUUGGUCCUUGUUGAGAAGACGGUGUCUCGAAUUGCCCAGGACAUGCUUUUAGAGCAUGGUAUCACUCUGGUCAUCAAUGUCAAGCCGCAAGUGCUAGACCGGGUAAGUCGAAUGACCCAGGGAGACUUAGUGAUGUCAAUGGAUCAACUGCUGACCAAACCACGUUUGGGAACCUGUCAUAAAUUUCAUAUGCAAGUUUUUCAGUUGCCCAAUGAUCAGACAAAAACCCUGAUGUUCUUUGAAGGGUGUCCCCAGCACCUGGGUUGCACUAUCAAGUUGUGUGGUGCUGCAGAGUAUGAGCUGGCCCGUGUGAAGGAGAUCCUGAUCUUCAUGGUCUGUGUGGCUUAUCAUUCCCAGCUGGAAAUAUCUUUCCUUAUGGAUGAGUUUGCCAUGCCUCCUACUCUGACCAAAAACACCUCCUUUCAUUCCCUUAUUGAGGAGCCAGCAGACGAAAACGAACAACAAAACCUCUUCAAUGGCGAGGACUUCAUGUCCACUGAUGAAGUCAGCGUGCUUGAGCAAAGAGGUUUAUUUGAGAGAGGUGACCAAGAGAGCAGUCAUCUGGAAAUGGCAUCCUCAAAACAGCAAGAGCACCACAAAGUGGAGUUACCGUUUCCAGUGUUCAACACCAUACCUCCUGCAAUACCCGAAACAUCCCUGCUGCCCCUCCAUGGCAUGGACCAGCACUUGGUCACGCUGGAUAGUCAGAUGCUGGAGCCUCUUCAACAGGCAGAUGAUCUGCAUGAGUCCAAGAGUCAGAUGAGAGUCUUCAGAGACCCUCUCCAGGAUGAUACUGGUUUAUAUGUCACGGAAGAGGUAGCUUCUUCUGAGGAUCGCCUCAAAACUUACUCUGCAGCCUUUAAGCAGGAGUUGAAAGAUGUCAUUCUCUGUAUUUCUCCUGUAAUGAUGUUCCGUGAGCCUUUUCUUUUGACUGAAAAAGGCAUGAGGUGCCCUGCCCGGGAAUACUUCCCUGAGCAAGUUUAUUGGUCUCCUCUCCUCAAUAAGGAAUACAAGGAGUUGGAGAGUAGAAGGAAGAGACAAUUAUUGCGGGAUCUUUCUGGACUACAAGGGAUGAAUGGGAGUAUCCAAGCCAAGGCUAUCCAAAUCUUACCUUCUCAUGAGCUAGUUAAUACUAGAAUAGCAGAACAUCUAGGUGAUAGCCAGAGCUUGGCCAGAAUGCUGGCUGACUAUCGGGCCAGAGGAGGGAGGAUACUACAAAAAAGCACAGAUCCCUUUGCCCAAAGGAAGGAUGUGUCUAGUGUCCCUACUGGAAAAACUGAGAGCAGAACUGAAGAGGAUGAGAAGGGACUGGCUCAGAGUGAAUCCUCAUGGUCUCAUAAGGUGGAUUGCCUGAGUCCAGUAAACCAUCAGAGGCUCUGUGUUCUCUUCAGUAGCUCUUCUGCUCAGUCCAGCAAUGCUCCAAGUGCCUGUGUUAGCCCCUGGAUUGUGACCAUGGAGUUCUAUGGGAAAAAUGACCUGACUUUAGGGAUUUUUCUGGAGCGCUACUGUUUCAGACCAUCCUACCAAUGCCCCAGCAUGUUCUGUGAAACGCCGAUGGUGCACCACAUUCGUCGCUUUGUUCACGGGCAAGGCUGUGUGCAAAUUGUGUUAAAGGAGCUGGACUCCCCGGUCCCUGGGUACCAGCACACCAUUCUUACUUACUCCUGGUGUAGACUGUGCAAACAGGUGACACCGGUUGUUCCCCUUUCCAAUGAUUCUUGGUCUAUGUCUUUUGCAAAAUACCUUGAGCUGAGAUUCUAUGGGCACCAGUACACUCGAAGGGCCAAUGCAGAGCCUUGUGGUCAUUCCAUUCACCAUGACUAUCACCAGUAUUUUUCCUACAAUCAGAUGGUGGCAUCUUUCAGCUACUCUCCAAUCCGGCUGCUUGAAGUGUGUGUCCCACUCCCCAAGAUCUACAUCAAACGGCAGGCUCCAUCUAAGGUUACUAUUUUGCAGGAUCUUAAAGACUUGUCUCAAAAGGUGUCACAAGUGUAUCUUGCUGUUGAUGAUCGCCUUGCUUCUCUGAAAACUGAUACUUUCAGCAAAACGAGAGAAGAGAAGAUGGAAGACCUCUUUGCUCAAAAGGAGAUGGAAGAGGGAGAGUUUCGAAACUGGACUGAGAAAAUCCAAGCAAGGCUGCUUUCAUCAUCAUUAGACACACCUCAACAGCUGCAAUCUGUGUUUGAGUCUCUGAUAGCCAAAAAACAAGGACUUUGUGAGAUGCUACAAGCCUGGAAUAAUAGAUUGCAGGACCUCUUCCAACAAGAGAAAGGGAGAAAACGUCCAUCAGUACCACCCAGCCCUGGGAGACUGAGGCAAGGUGAAGAAAGCAAGAUCAGUAGCAUGGAUGCUUCCCCACGCAAUGCUUCUCCAGCACUCCAAAAUGGAGAGAGAGAGGAUCGUUUCCUGACUACUUUAUCAAGUCAGAGCUCCACAGGGUCCACCCAUCUUCAGCUGCCCACCCCUCCAGAGGUUGUAUCGGAGCAUGUGACUGGUGCAGGCACACUGUCUGAACAGGAUACAACAAGCAGCUCAGAAGAUGUGUUUGAUGGACACUCACUGGGAUCUACAGACAGCCAAGUGAAGGAGAAAUCUACUAUGAAGGCUAUUUUGGCUAACUUUUUGCCUGGAAACAACUAUAACCCCAUUCCAUUUCCCUUUGACCCAGAUAAGCACUACCUAAUGUACGAGCAUGAACGUGUACCUAUUGCAGUCUGUGAGAAAGAACCAAGCUCCAUCAUAGCUUUUGCUCUCAGUUGCAAGGAGUACAGAAAUGCCCUGGAUGAGUUGUCCAAAGCAUCUCUGAAGAACAGUUCUGAAGAAGGACUACAGUCAAACAGCAUGUCAGACAGCAAACCAAAGAGCAGUAGCCCUGUCCGCCUGCCCGAGGCUAACAUGGGCUCUUCAAAUCGCAGUGCAGAACCAGAACAGCCAAAGAAACCAUCUGGUGUCUUGUCUUUCUUCCGUGGCACGGGAGGGAAGAGCCCGGACCUGUCCUCUCAGAAGAAAGAGACUUUACGUGGUGCUGACAGUGCCUACUACCAGGUUGGACAGAUGGGCAAAGAGGGAGCAGAAAACCAAGGAGCAGAGCCUCAAGAUGACGUAGAUGGAGGAGAUGGACAGAAGAAACAGCUGGUGAAUCCCCAUGUGGAACUCCAGUUUUCAGAUGCGAAUGCCAAGUUCUACUGCCGGAUUUAUUACGCUGGCGAGUUUCACAAGAUGCGUGAAGUGAUACUGGGGAGCAGUGAAGAGGACUUCAUCCGAUCCCUUUCUCACUCUAUGCCCUGGCAAGCACGAGGUGGCAAAUCUGGGGCUGCGUUCUACGUCACAGAGGAUGACAGAUUCAUCUUGAAGCAGAUGCCUCGUCUGGAAGUCCAGUCGUUCCUUGACUUUGCACCACACUACUUCACUUACAUCAUUAAUGCAGUUCAGCAGAAGAAGCCCACAGCACUGGCCAAAAUCCUUGGGGUAUAUCGAAUUGGAUACAAGAACUCUCAAAAUAACACUGAGAAGAAGCUGGAUCUGCUUGUCAUGGAAAACCUUUUCUAUGGCAGGAAAAUGGCUCAGGUUUUUGACCUGAAGGGCUCCCUCCGGAAUAGAAAUGUUAAAACAGACACGGGCAAGGAAAGCUGUGAUGUAGUCCUGCUGGAUGAGAACCUUCUGAAGAUGGUCCGGGACAAUCCUUUGUACAUCCGUUCCCAUUGCAAGGCUGUGCUGAGAGCUUCCAUCCACAGUGACUCCCAGUUCCUCUCCAGCCACCUCAUCAUUGACUAUUCCCUGCUGGUGGGUCGUGAUGAUACCAGCAAUGAGCUGGUGGUUGGUAUCAUUGACUAUAUUCGCACUUUUACCUGGGACAAAAAGCUUGAAAUGGUGGUGAAAUCAACUGGCAUCUUGGGAGGACAAGGUAAGAUGCCAACUGUGGUCUCUCCAGAACUAUACCGGACCAGGUUUUGUGAAGCCAUGGACAAGUAUUUCCUGAUGGUGCCAGACCAUUGGACAGGACUGGGCCUGAACUGCUAAGCUAAAGCCCAUAUUGGGAAAGCACAAAAGGACAAUGGCAUUAUGGGCCACUCUUCCUGCAGUGUGUCCAGCAGUGAGCAAGAGGAUUGCAAUUCCAUGUCUACACUGACCAUGUGUGGUGAUGUGAAGUGUGAAAUCAGCUUGUUGCACUUUAAUCCUUU